AAUCUUCCAGUCUCCAGUUUGUCGAAGACCACCUGUAUGAUGCAAGAUCUACAUCAAAAUUCUGUGGAAAUCCUGGUGCAGUAACUCCAUGGCAAUUAUCCAGGAAGUUUGAACUCCUAAUGAGUUUUACAGUGCUCCCUGACAUGGCACAUGUGGGAUUGGUCUUCCUCUUAUUGGUGGUGGCAUCAUCAGCUCAAGAUACCUGUCCGGCAUCUUCUGGCAUUCACGGCUCCCCUGGGCAACCUGGAAUGCCUGGGGCACCUGGCAAAAAUGGCAAGGAUGGGCCAUCUGGCAGGAAAGGACAUCCAGGUCCCCCUGGAGCAGCAGGUCUGGCUGGUGCCAAGGGCCAGAAAGGUGAACCAGGCUUGGAGGGCACAAUAGGAAAAGUUGGGCCUGAAGGUGAAAGUGGAGAAAAAGGAGAGAAAGGUGCAAGAGGGGAGAAGGGUGAGCGAGGAGAUGUCGGAGACCACACAAGUACCCUGAAGUCAGCUUUCUCCAUGGCUAGAAAUACAAUGGCGAACCCAAGGAGGUUUCCAAUAAAGUUUGAUAAACUGAUAACCAACAAACAAGGCAAUUAUUUACCAAGAUCUGCAAAAUUUCAGUGCCAAAUACCAGGCUUGUAUUAUUUUGUUUAUCAUGCAACUUCCAAGGGUAACCUUUGUAUUAACAUCAUGCUCAAUCAAGUAAAACAGGUUGGUUUCUGUGAUCAGGUGUACAAUAUGUACCAGGUGAGUUCUGGGGGAGUUGUCCUUAAACUGAAGACUAAUGAUUUUGUCCAUCUUGAAGCAUCUGAAUCCAGUUCAAUUAUAGGAAUGGAUGGAGCUGACAGUGUCUUCAAUGGAUUCCUCAUAUUUCCAGAUUAAAUUCUCAACCAGAGGAAUGACACAGUCUUGCAACUGAACAUCAUGCAUUUGCUCAAAGUCUUGUCUAGAGAUACCUGUAAAGAUUUGUACUGAAAUGCUGAGGUUUUGAAACAACCCCAUAUGAUACCAGCAUACAGCUAACACAUUUCUCUCUGCUUUAUUUAAAGGUGGAAGCUAAUCCAUUUAAAAUGAAAGGUUAGCGUCUUUGGCAAAGGGUGAAUUUGUAUUGAAUAUUUUACUGUUUAUAGAAUCUGCUAUCUCCUAUGGAGCUGUUUUAAAACCCCAGCAAUUAAUGAGAAUGUAACAAUACUGCUUAAUUGACCAUUUAUGAUUUCUUAUGGUUUAAGAAAAUGGACAAUAAAUCAUGUUUUGAAUUUUCUGAAUGUUGUGUGUCUGAAUUUCCUGUAUGUGCAUCUAGUCAGGGCAUUAAAUACAGUCCAUACUCAGUUGCAGUGCUUUAUUUGCCUUUGUCGACACAGUAUGAAGAUUGGUAGAUGUGCCUUUACUUCUGUAAGUAUAAAAUGUAUCAAUUUCAAUAUGUAAAUGCCUAUUGUUUCCUUAAUAAUUUGUACCUGACAUUGCAUAAACUUUAUGAAAUGCAUUGAGACAACCUCCUCUGAAACUGGUUAUGCAAACAAAGCUUCUAUGUAUAACUUCAAAUCUUAAAUAAAGUGAAUUGUUUUAUUCA